GGUCCUGGGAGUGUCAUUGGGGGAUGACCGCAGGCUUAGCCUCUGCAGCUGCCACCGCCACCAUGGUCUCCGGCAGCAGCGGCCUAGCCGCCGCUCGCCAGCUGACGCGCGCCUUCCUGCUGCAACAGAAUGCAAUUCGGCAUUGUUCCUAUACAGCUUCCCGGAAACAUCUCUAUAUUGAUAAAAAUACGAAGGUCAUUUGCCAGGGUUUCACUGGUAAGCAGGGCACCUUUCAUAGCCAGCAGGCAUUGGACUAUGGCACCAAACUUGUUGGAGGAACCACUCCAGGGAAAGGAGGGAAGACACAUCUGGGCUUACCUGUCUUUAAUACUGUGAAGGAGGCCAAAGAACAGACAGGAGCAACAGCUUCUGUCAUUUAUGUCCCUCCUCCUUUUGCUGCUGCGGCCAUUGAUGAAGCUGUUGAGGCAGAAAUACCCUUGGUUGUGUGCAUUACUGAAGGUAUCCCACAACAGGACAUGGUACGGGUCAAGCACAAACUGCUGCGUCAGGGAAAGACAAGGCUAAUUGGGCCAAACUGCCCUGGAGUCAUCAAUCCUGGAGAAUGCAAGAUUGGCAUCAUGCCUGGCCAUAUUCACAAGAAAGGAAGAAUUGGUAUUGUGUCCAGAUCUGGCACCUUGACUUAUGAAGCAGUUCACCAAACAACACAAGUUGGAUUGGGGCAAUCUUUGUGUGUUGGUAUUGGAGGUGAUCCCUUUAAUGGAACUAAUUUUAUUGACUGCCUUGAAAUCUUUCUGAAUGAUUCAACCACAGAAGGCAUCAUAUUGAUUGGUGAAAUUGGUGGUGAUGCAGAAGAAAAUGCUGCAGAGUUUUUGAAGCAAAAUAAUUCAGUAAGUUUAAAUUUUUAA